AUGAUGCUCUCUCGUUAUCGACACAAAAACCUAGUCUCUCUCUUAGGCUUUUGUGACGAAGGUGACGAGAAGAUUCUUGUUUAUGAGUACGAGUUUAAUGGUAGUCUUGAAAAGUACCUUAGUAGCAACAGUCUAACAUGGGGUCAACGCCUGAAGAUAUGCAUUGGGGCAGCUCGUGGACUGGAGUACCUUCACAACCCUCUUGAGACACAGCAAAGAUGGUUUUCCUUGAGCAAGAAAGAACAGAAUUGUGAGAUGAUUUCUGCAUCAGAAUUCACGUUCCAAGAUCCCGGAGUUGUGCAAUGGAUUCCUCACUCUACAUCGAGGUUUUUUGAGGUAGCUAAGAUUGAAAGGCCACAUAAUAGUUCUUCAUACGUAGACCAAUCAAAGAUGACUCGUGAACCCAUAUUUUUGGGUUUACAAUUCAAAUUUAAAGACGCAAAUGAAUCAUCAUUCUCUCACCUUGCAGACUGGAUAGAUAAUGGAUGGAUGAUACUUGAACUGUGUCAAUUUGUUAGUUAUAGGAAAGUCGCAAAGCUUGAGCUUUUGCUUGAAGGAAUUCCUAGUUAUAAUUUCAUGUUACUUGAAGGCAUCCAGUUCUUGCCUAUCGAGAUGCAGGCUAUAGAAGAAGAGCCAUUAGAAGUAGUAGACAAUUCAAAUACGAUGAUAGAUGAAAACUGGGAACAAAAACUACCAAACGACUAUCCGUACAUAAUCAAAGCAGCAAAGGAUCGUGUCCCAUACAACAUUACUAACAAAGAAAUCUACACGCUUCUUUCAAACGGGAUUCUUACGAACAAAGGCCAAAUGUUGUUUUCUCUUGAUAAAGAUGGAAUCAAAUGCUGUAUGGCAUCAGCAAGAGCAUUUUUAGAAGACAACGACGGGGAAUUCAGCAGGUUCUCUGAUCUGGCGUCUUUUCGUUGGAUAUCUCUAUAUGAAUCAAGAUUCGAGAAGGUGGCUGAAUGUCAAUCAGGCAGGGUUUUGCGUAUAAACUGCCUUAUCAACUCACAUAUGCUUACACCAAACACAACCUAUGCAACUUACCUUGUGUGUAAACUACCAGAAGUCAGCCAUGUGACGCUUAAGUGUCCUCUAGAAGUAAAGGACAUCAGCUUUGGCUCUCCGAAUUUCAAUGAAGUUCGUUUUAUCUAUUUGAGUAGCCCAAAAACCCCGUUAAUUAUGCUGACAAAUAGUGACCAAGAUCGUAAUCAAAGACCAACCAUGAACCCAUUGUCUAGACCUAAAAUAGAGAGCAUGUUGAGACAACGGAAAGAUGGGUGGAUGGAAGCUCGGAUAUGGACAUUUAAAGUAGAUGCUGCAACUUCUGUGAAUGUAACGUUCGCCUUGACCUGUAACGAACGCGAGCAGCUUACCGGGCUUAUUGUGCAAGGAAUUGAGAUCAGGCCAAAAUAA